AUGUCUACCGCAAAGGAAGCGGAUGAGCUGAAGCAGCAGGGUCUCGUCGAGGCUGCUGCAGACCCUCAAACCAAUGUCACCGCAGACGAUGCCCAAAAAAAGAUUGUAGAGUCCUCUAGGAAUGCUGGUGUCGCUGCUUUCACAUUCGAUCCUGAUGCGAGCCCAGAGCAGAAGAAAGCUCAAGCCAAUGCCGCCAUCCCACCCGAACUUCAGCAAAGUAGAAGACCCAAGGGCGCGGCGAUUAUCACCGACGUCGAUGACGGCACCGGCCCCAUUGAAGAUCUGCCAGAACCGAGCAAAGAAGGGGCCUUGGAUGUAGCCCGCGACGAGCAGGGCAAGCCGCUCGCGGAUGGCACUGACCCUAAAGCCGAAGAAGCCCCCUUCUCGCGGACAGGAUGGGCUCCACGAUUAGGAUGGUCAAUUGACGAUGCUACCGAACAGGAUAGUCUCCUCGAUCACGCAACAUGGGUCGAGGGACAGCUUCCAGAUACCCUCUAUGGUGAUUGGUACCACAACACGGGCGUCAUCAUUUUUGCUUGCAUCUCCUCCUGGCUUGUCGCUGUCUUUGGCGGCGGCCUCGGCUGGAUCAUCAUCAUUAUGGCCUUUUGCUCGACCUACUACCGAACGUCCCUGCGACGAGUGCGACGUAACUUCCGAGACGACAUUACCCGCGAGAUGGCUCUUAAAAAGCUCGAGAACGACAACGAGUCCCUGGAAUGGAUCAAUUCGUUCAUGGUCAAAUUCUGGCCCAUCUAUCAGCCCGUUCUUGCUCAGACCAUCAUCAAUUCAGUCGAUCAAGUUCUGAGCUCUGCUACCCCGUCAUUCUUGGACAGUCUCAAGCUCAAGACCUUUACUCUAGGCAGCAAGCCUCCUCGUAUGGAGCACGUCAAAACCUACCCCAAAACUGAGGAUGACAUUGUUAUGAUGGAUUGGAAGUUCAGUUUCACUCCCAACGACACCGCCGAUAUGACUUCGCGCCAGCUUUCAAGCAAGAUCAAUCCCAAGGUUGUCCUCGAGAUCCGCAUUGGAAAGGCCAUGAUCAGCAAGGGCCUCGACGUCAUUGUUGAGGAUAUGGCUUUCUCCGGUAUCAUGCGCCUCAAGAUCAAGCUGCAAAUCCCCUUCCCUCACAUUGACCGUGUUGAAAUGUGCUUCCUGGAGCGACCAACAAUCGACUACGUCUGCAAGCCUCUUGGUGGUGAUAACUUUGGUUUCGAUAUCAACUUCAUUCCUGGUCUCGAGAAGUUCAUCCUGGAGCAGAUUCAUGGCAACUUAGCCCCGAUGAUGUACGCGCCCAAGGUCUUCCCUAUUGAGGUCGCGAAGAUGCUGGCUGGCUCUCCCGUUGACCAGGCUAUCGGUGUCGUGGCAGUGACUCUCCAUGGUGCCCAGGGUCUGAAGAACACCGACAACUUUGGUGGAACCGUUGAUCCUUAUGCCUGCUUGAGCCUGAACCGACGCCAGGAGCUUGCCCGAACUAAAGUCGUUCAUGAUAAUUCCAACCCCAGGUGGAAUGAAACCCACUACAUCAUUGUUACCUCUUUUAACGACUCGCUGGACAUGCAAAUAUUCGACCACAAUGAUUUCCGCAAGUCAAAAGAACUGGGUGUUGCUUCUUUCCCCCUGGAAAGUGUUGAGGAGCUCAAUGUUCAUGAAAAUCAGCGGUUGGAGGUCAUCUCUGAUGGCAAGGCUCGAGGUGUUGUUUCGUGUGACAUUCGCUUCUUUCCUGUCCUUGAAACCGUGAAGAACGCUGAGGGACAAGAUGAACCUCCACCUCCAUCCAACCAAGGUAUCCUUCGAUUUACUGUGGAACAGGCCAAGGAUCUGGAUGGUACCAAGAGUCUUGUAGGAUCUCUCAACCCUUACGCGGUUAUGUUCUUGAAUGGUAAAGAAGUCCACCAAACCAAGAAGUUGAAGCGUACCAAUAACCCUAUCUGGGACAAUGGGUCUAAGGAGAUUUUGAUCACGGACCGGAAGAAGGCUAAGCUUGGUCUUACAAUCAAGGAUGACCGUGAUCUUGCUGGAGACCAAGUCCUUGGAAAGUAUCAGAUCAAGCUCGAUGAGAUGCUUGAAUGUAUGGAGCAAGGUAAAGAAUGGUACAAUCUGCAUGGUGCUCAGACUGGUCGUGUCAAGAUGAUGGCACAGUGGAGGCCCGUCGCUAUCUCUGGCGUGGCCAGCACUGGUGGCUAUGUUACUCCCAUCGGUGUCAUGCGUCUCCAUUUCAAGAAGGCUACUGAUCUACGAAACUUCGAGGCGUUCGGCAAAUCAGAUCCCUACACUCGAAUUCUGCUCUCUGGUAUUGAAAAAGCACGGACUGUCACCUUCCGCAACGAUCUUAAUCCUGAAUGGGACGAGGUACUUUACGUGCCCAUCCAUUCUGCUCGUGAUAGACUUGCUUUGGAAGUAAUGGAUACAGAAAAGGUUGGCAAGGACCGUAGUCUGGGAAUGGUCGAAGUCUUCGCCGCCGACUAUGUCGCACAGGACGAGACCGGGGAGUACCUUGUCAACGACAAGAAACAGCUCCGUGAGGACGGUUUGCGUCUGCAUGGCAAGGGUAUCGCCAAAGGAGUUCUGCAUUACACUGUUGCCUUUUAUCCCUGUCUCAAUGUCGCUGAUCCUGAGGAGGAGGAGGAGGAGGAAAGAGAAAAGGAGAAGGAGAAGGAUGCAGAGAAGGACGCAGAGAAGGACAAAGAUUCCUCCUCUGGUGAAGAACAAGCACCUAACCCGCAGAGAUCCAGCGAAGCUGGUAAAUUCAACGCCAGCCUGGACAAGCCAAAGGAGAACCAACUGGAGCCGCCUACGCCCACUACUGUUGGACGCCCCUCGAUCGAGGCGCCCAAGGGUCCCCGUAAAAUCCGAUUGUCUCCUGAGGAGCUUCUCAGGUAUGAGAGUGGCCUGCUCAUCUUCAGACUCAUGGAGGCGGAGAUGCCAGAAAGCCAUGGACUGCUGGAGGUUCUUGUAGAUGAUAUGGCAUACCCGUCCUACGUCUCUUCGACUGCUCGUAGCAAGCACCACAAGUUUGAAGAGAUUGGAGAUUGCUUCAUUCGUGAGCUUGACUUCUCCCGACUGACACUUCGGGCCCGCAAGAAGGGUGAUGACCAAGAUGAUCUCAUGGCCUCACUGGCUGGCAACACCCUGGAAACUCUCAAGCAGUGCCUGAACAACCCGACAACUCUAAAACUCAAGAGCGAAGACGGACGCCCCGCGAGUGUUAAGGUCAGCUUGAAGUACAUCCCGGUUAAGAUGCAGCUUGACCCGAGCGAGAGUAUUAAUAACAUGGGUACACUACGCGUUGAUGUUCUCGAUGCUACUGACCUUCCAUCAGCUGAUCGCAAUGGCAAGAGUGAUCCUUACUGUAAGUUCGAACUUAACGGCCAGGAGAUCCACAAGACCAAGGUUAUAAAGAAGACUCUGAAUCCCACAUGGAAUGAAUACUUUGAGGUCAAUGUGCCCUCGAGAACUGCAGCACAAUUCAAACUCUCUGUGUGGGAUUACGACUUCGCAGACAAACCCGACUUCUUGGGUGCUGCCGACAUCAAUCUCGAGUCUCUGGAUCCUUUCAAGCCAUCAGAGACCAAGUACAUCCUUGAUGGCAAAUCGGGAAGCGUACGCAUCCGACUCCUGUUCCGACCCAGCUAUGUCCAGCGAUCACGACAGGGCACAUCCACUUUUGGCAACACUUUCUCGUCUACUCCUGGUCGUAUCGUCACCGGUGUUGCCGGAGCGCCGCUCAAGGGUGGUGUUGCAGUUGCGGGAGUUGUUGGCCACGGCGUUGGUAGGGGAGCUUCGUUCCUCCGCCGCGGCAUCUUUAACAAAAAGGACAAUGGGGACAUUAUCGAAGAAGAUGGUGAGGCGUUUGAACCUCAAGGCUUGAGCUCUAAUGGUACCGCAAGCACCAAUGGUGGUCUACGCCGGUCACCCGCCAUCAACGAAGAGGGCACGUCACCUGGUACUCGGCCUUCUACAAGCAACGGCCAUGUUCGGGCAAAGAGCAUUGGACAGUCAUCAGUCCACAGCGCUAAUCCCGGAGCUGCACCAGGAGGCACUGCUUCCUUCACUGUGGUCGAAGCCACAGGCUUCCCUCCCGCAUCCGAUCUGUAUAUCGUCAUCACGCAGAUCAACCCCAAGGAGAAGACAGUGGGCAAGACCAAGCACUUCAAGUCUACGAAUGGUCAGUGGACCUUCGGCGAUACAUUUAAAUUCCCAUGCUCGCCCGACGCACAGUUCAAGAUCGAAGCGAAGGGACAGCACACUUUUAGCAGUGAUGAUGAUCUGGGCGAGCAUGUUUACUUUGUUGACGAGUCAGGCUCAUCUACUGCCAAGGAGCUCACAGUUGGCAGUGGAACAGUGACACUGAAGAGCAGUUUCCAACCAACAGAGUCUACCCUGGUCCCCGAUAGUCCCAAAGCCCAUCUUCGCCGAAGCUUCAUGAGCAAGCGGGAUGGGCGAACCAGUCGGGAAGUGACGCCAAACCCUUAA